AUGAUCGUUACCAAAGAGUAUGAGCGGCAUACGACCCCCAUAAUUUUAGAUUGGACCGACGAUGGAUUCGGGCGUGGUGCCUGUGUCUAUAUUCUGAUGCUUGUCGGAUUUAAUCUUAUGUACGACUAUCUAUACUGGCUCAUUGGUACGAUAAACCGUGAUGGCGGUGAGAUUAUUCGACUGAGUGCCGUUGUACGUGGCAUCGAAAGCUGUGGACAAGCUAUAUCAUACGGCAUUAAUUCAAUUGACACCUUCAAGCUUUCUGGGGCUGUUGCAGUGAAUCUGUCGUUUUUCGCCGUUUGCAUUAUCCCAUCAGCACUUGUUAUUUUCCGGGUUGGGAUCAUCGACGGAGUGAAAGUACACAAUAUCCAGCAGGAUGUUAUAUCGCAGAACGGAAUUUCGAGAGAUGAUAUGGAUGCAGAUUCCCCGCAGGCUGAUUCCUCUAAGAGCCUGGAAAAGCUUGUGACUCUAUUUCGCGAAGAUAAUGAUCCGCGAAAGACCGAUCUUCUCGUUGGGGUUUAUAAAACAGACGAAGGAAAAGCAUAUGUACAGCCGAGUGUAAAAGAGGCAAAGAGAAGAUUGUUCAACGACAAUGAAUGGCACCACGAGUACCGCGCUUCCGCUUUGGGAUCAAUCGGCUACAGAGACUUGAGUAACAAGUUGCUUUUUGGCCCUGAUAAUCGUCUUGUGAAAGAGAAAAGAAUUGUCACAACGCAAACUCUAGGUGCAAGCGGGGGAUGCCACGUUGGUGGAGUUCUUUUGAAGCAGCAUUAUGGUCCCUGGAAAACCGCAGCGGCUCCCGAGAUUUUCCUUCCGAGUGAUACAUGGUUGAACCAUUGGUUUGUCUUCCAAUCUGCAGGAAUUAAGCCAAGUUUUCUGCCUUAUUUUUCUAGCAAAACGAACAAAUUCGAUUUUGAGGCAUUCUCAGCCGCUGUGCUGUCACUGCCAUCUCAAUCUGUUGUUCUUUUACAGUCGGGAGCACAAAACCCUACUGGAUGUGAUCCUUCUCCGGAACAGUGGCGAAGCCUAGCAUCCAUAUUUCUUCAACGCGGUCAUCUGGCCUUUUUUGAUGCCGCAUACCCCGGAUUUGCAUCGGGAGACAUCGAUGAGGAUCUUGAAGGCGUCCGCCUUUUUACCGAACUGGAAAUACCUCUGAUUUUUGUUUCGACAUAUGGAAAAUGCUUCGGCUUAUACAGCGAGCGUGUUGGAGUACUCUCAGUUCUUGUACCAAGUGAGGAAGUCGGGAGAAGAAUUGAAACACAACUGCGGCUUAUAGCACGGGCAGAGAGCGGGGCACCGCCCGAUUUUGGGUCGAAGAUAGUCGAAAUCGUUCUAUCGGACAGCAAUCUCGAGCGUCAAUGGCGAGAGGAAGUUCGCGGUAUGGCGAUCGGACUCAAAAGCCGUCGUCAGGCUCUCAGAGAGACCCUGGAGAAAUUGAAAACUCCAGGGGAUUGGCAGCACCUUACUGAACAGAAUGGAAUGUUCUCGUAUCUUGGUCUGUCUCAGGAUCAGGUUGAUAUUUUGCAGAAAAAGUAUCACGUUUAUGUCCAAGACUCAGGAAGGAUCUCUAUUGCGGGACUUAAUCGCUUCAACAUUGAGUAUACUGCUUCUAGUAUCAGCGCUGCUGUUAAAGAGGCGAGUUCGAUUUGA